GAGACGAAGUAGUAGGAAUCUGGACCAGAAAAAAUACCUCACCAUGCAACCAAACUGCACUCAUCUUCACAAUAUCCAGGGGAGCAGCGACGAUUCUUCAUCCUCUCAGAAUGCAGCGAGACCGACGGGAGAAAACUCGUGCCAUCUCAGCGGAGACAUUCGCAUACAGUUAAACUCUGCGCCUGGAGAAGCUAGAGAAACCGCAAGUUCCCGGCCGUCGAGGUCGGGCUCCCAAAGUCAUUCRCCUGGCCAUGGCCACGGUGAAGCAGGGGUGCUCAGCGAUCCCACUGCAGACUCGGAGGAACACGGUGGCAGCUCCCUCUCAGAGCUCAGAUACCUGCUCCAGUGGCUCCACAAAAGCCUGCCGUACCUCUUGAUUCUGUGCGGCAAAUUGAUCAUGCAGCACGUGAUUGGCAUUUCUCUUGGAAUUGGGCUGCUAACAACUUUUAUGUAUGCAAACAAAAGCAUAGUAAAUCAGGUUUUUCUAAGAGAACGGUGCUCCAAGUUGCAGUGUGCUUGGUUACUAAUAUACCUGUCUGGAUCAUCUCUCCUCUUGUAUUAUACCUUUCAUUCUCAGUCACUGUAUUACAGCUUAAUAUUUUUAAAGCCUACAGUGGAUUUCAUGAACUUCUGGGAGGUACUUUGGAUUGUGGGAAUCACAGACUUCAUUCUGAAAUUCCUCUUCAUGGGCUUCAAAUGCUUUGUUCUCUUGGUGCCUUCAUUCGUGAUGUCUUUUAAAUGCAAGGGCUACUGGUACAUGCUGUUAGAAGAACUCUGCCAGUAUUACCGUAUGUUUGUCCCCAUACCAGUUUGGUUCCGCUAUCUUAUUGGCUAUGGGGAGCUUGACAGCGUGCUAGGAUGGACCUUUGGGAUAUUGCUGGGACUCCUCUACCUCAUCCUAAAACUUUUGAGCUUUUUUGGACAAUUGAGAAACUUUAAACAGGUUUUACGAAUAUUUUGUACACAACCACACUAUGGAGUGAAUGCUACCAAGAGACAGUGUUCCGAAUCGGAUGAUAUUUGUUCAAUCUGCCAAGCUGAAUUUCAGAAGCCUAUUCUGCUUAUCUGUCAGCACAUAUUUUGUGAAGAAUGCAUCUCUUUAUGGUUUAAUAGAGAAAAAACAUGUCCACUCUGCAGAACUGUUAUUGCAGACCAUGUUAACAAGUGGAAGGAUGGAGCUACUUCUAUGCAUCUACAGAUUUUCUAA